AUGGCGCCAGCCAGCGCGGCGUUCCUGGCGGCAAACUGCGUGGUGCAGGCCGUGGUGCUGACCGUCGUCAUGAUGCGCUUCUACUCGCGAGUCACGACGUCGUCGCUCGGUUGGGACGACUGGUGGGUGCUGAUAGCGACGGGGCUGUCGUGUUGCUCGCUGACGACGGCCAUCUGCUUCGACGUCCUCGGGUCGGGUUAUCUCGUGCAGGAAGUCGCCAUUAAUCUGUCCACCAUCUACCUCCUCAUCUUCAUCAUCCAGCCCCUCUUCCUCUUCACGAUCGCCGCCACAAAAGUCAGCGUGUGCUGCUUCUACCUGCGCGUCUUUGUCGGCCGAGGCAUGCGCAUCGCGACCUGCUGUACGAUUGCGCUCGUCAGCGCCUGGGCCGUUGCGCACUUCAUUGCAGCCGUGUUCAUCUGCACCCCCGUCGCGGGCGCGUAUGACCUGCGUCUCGCGGCGAUCGUCAAGUGUGGCGACCAGAGCAAGUUCUUCCAGAGCGGCCUCAGCAUCAACGUCGUGUUGGAUGCUAUUGUUAUUGCGCUGCCGUUGUGGACAAUUUGGAACCUCAACAUGCGCACCUCCGACAAGGUCGGCCUGUCCAUCGCCUUCUCCAUCGGCAUCGGCAUGAUCGUCGUCGGCAUCAUCCGCGCCAUCUACGUCGUGCGCACCUCGCUGACCGGCGACGUGACCGCCACCCUGCCCACCAAUCUCUUCCUGACUGUGUUUGAGCAGCAGCUCGCCAUUAUCACCAUCUCCAUCCCCAUGCUCCGCCCCCUGUGGGCGCGGUACAGGAACCGCGCGACCGGAUACAACCUCGACGGCGAGCAAGCUGGCGGCGGCAAGCACUCUGGAACUGGGACAGGGGAGGGCAGCGAGUUGGCCACAUUUGGGGGAAGUGGCGGCAAAAAGAGCAACAACUCACGGAACGUCGAGGCCAAGUCUGAGCGGUCGUCAAAGCGGUUCGAACGCGGCCAUUAG